GCCUGGCGUAGAUUGAGCACACCAGUGUAGAACCCUGUCCUCAGAAAGCCCGGGCGCAGUCAAGCAGCGGUUCCAGGAGCCUUUGCUCCCAUCUUCCCGGGCUCCACUAAACUCGGGAGUCGCCUCUUCCCCACGUCUUGGCGGACUUUGCGAAGGAAAGCGGAGGUAGAGACACGUGGAGUGGGCUUUUCCCAGGUCGUGAUGGAGCUUGAAGAGGACCUUAACGAAAGAGCAGACAAGAAAUUCUCCAAGAUGGGCAGAAAGAGUAUUUUCAGUAAAAAGGAGAAGAAAGAAAAGAAACCAGUGGUCAGUGUGUUUACAAUGUUUCGCUAUGCAGGUUGGCUGGAUAGGUUGUACAUGCUGGUGGGAACUCUCGCUGCUAUUAUCCAUGGAGUUGCACUCCCGCUUAUGAUGCUGGUGUUUGGAGACAUGACAGACAGCUUUGCAAAUGUAGGAAACAUCCCCCCAAAUGCUACUUUUAAUGACUCUCUCUUCAAUGCUUCAGACCUGUUUAGCAAACUGGAAGAAGAAAUGACCACGUAUGCCUACUAUUACACGGGGAUCGGUGCUGGUGUGCUCAUAGUUGCCUACAUUCAGGUUUCAUUUUGGUGCCUGGCAGCUGGAAGACAGAUACACAAAAUCAGACAGAAGUUUUUCCAUGCUAUAAUGAAUCAGGAGAUAGGCUGGUUUGACGUGCACGACGUUGGGGAGCUGAACACCCGGCUCACAGAUGAUGUCUCCAAAAUUAAUGAAGGAAUUGGUGACAAAAUUGGAAUGUUCUUUCAGGCAAUGGCAACAUUUUUUGGUGGUUUCAUAAUAGGAUUUACUCGAGGCUGGAAGCUAACCCUUGUGAUUUUGGCCAUCAGCCCCGUUCUUGGACUGUCGGCUGGUAUUUGGGCAAAGAUAUUAUCUUCAUUCACCGAUAAAGAACUCCAGGCGUACGCAAAGGCUGGAGCGGUUGCUGAAGAAGUCUUAGCAGCCAUCAGAACUGUGAUUGCAUUUGGAGGACAAAAGAAAGAACUUGAAAGGUAUAAUAACAAUUUAGAAGAAGCCAAAAGACUUGGGAUAAAGAAAGCUAUCACAGCCAACAUUUCCAUGGGCGCAGCUUUUCUUCUUAUCUAUGCAUCAUAUGCUCUGGCAUUCUGGUAUGGAACAUCCUUGGUCAUCUCAAAAGAAUAUUCUAUUGGACAAGUGCUCACUGUUUUCUUUGCUGUGUUAAUUGGGGCAUUCAGUGUUGGACAGGCAUCUCCAAAUAUCGAAGCCUUUGCCAAUGCAAGAGGAGCAGCCUAUGAAGUCUUCAACAUAAUUGAUAAUAAGCCCAGUAUUGACAGCUUUUCAACGAAUGGGCACAAACCAGACAACAUCAAAGGAAAUUUGGAAUUCAAAAAUAUUCACUUCAGUUACCCAUCUCGAAAAGAAGUUCAGAUCUUGAAGGGCCUCAACCUGAAGGUGCAGAGCGGACAGACGGUGGCCCUGGUGGGCAACAGUGGCUGUGGGAAAAGCACCACUGUCCAGCUGCUGCAGAGGCUCUACGACCCCACAGAGGGUGUGGUCAGUAUCGACGGGCAGGACAUCAGGACCAUCAACGUGAGGUAUCUGCGGGAAAUCAUUGGCGUGGUGAGUCAGGAACCUGUGCUGUUUGCCACCACGAUCGCUGAAAACAUUCGCUAUGGCCGAGAAGACGUCACCAUGGAUGAGAUCGAGAAAGCUGUCAAGGAAGCCAACGCCUACGACUUCAUCAUGAAACUGCCCCAUAAAUUUGACACUCUGGUCGGUGAGAGAGGGGCCCAGCUGAGUGGCGGACAGAAACAGAGAAUCGCCAUUGCUCGUGCCCUGGUCCGCAACCCCAAGAUCCUUUUGUUGGAUGAGGCGACAUCAGCCUUGGACACAGAAAGUGAAGCUGUGGUUCAGGCUGCUCUGGAUAAGGCUAGAGAAGGCCGGACCACCAUUGUGAUAGCUCACCGCUUGUCUACAGUUCGUAACGCUGACGUCAUUGCUGGGUUUGAUGGCGGUGUCAUCGUGGAGCAAGGAAAUCAUGAAGAGCUCAUGAAAGAGAAGGGCAUUUACUUCAAACUUGUCAUGACACAGACAGCAGGAAACGAAAUUGAAUUAGGAAAUGAAGUUUGUGAAUCUAAAAAUGAAAUUGAUAAUUUAGACAUGUCUUCAAAAGAUUUGGGAUCCAGUCUAAUCAGAAGGAGAUCAUCUCGCCGAAGUGUCCGUGGACCACAUGACCAAGACAGGAAGCUUAGUACAAAAGAGGCCUUGGAUGAAGAUGUACCUCCAGUUUCCUUUUGGCAGAUCCUAAAGUUGAAUUCAUCUGAAUGGCCAUACUUUGUGGUUGGCAUAUUUUGUGCCAUAAUAAAUGGAGGCUUGCAACCAGCAUUCUCAAUAAUAUUUUCUAAGGUCAUAGGGGUUUUCACAAAAAAUUCUGAUGAUGAAACCAAACGCCAGGAUAGCAACUUGUUUUCCUUAUUGUUUCUGAUCCUCGGGGUCAUUUCUUUUAUUACAUUUUUUCUUCAGGGCUUCACAUUUGGCAAGGCUGGAGAGAUCCUCACCAAGCGACUCCGAUACAUGGUUUUCAAAUCCAUGCUGAGACAGGAUGUGAGCUGGUUUGAUAACCCUAAAAACACCACUGGAGCAUUGACCACCAGGCUCGCCAAUGAUGCUGCUCAGGUCAAAGGGGCUACAGGAUCCAGACUUGCUGUCAUUACCCAGAAUAUAGCAAAUCUUGGGACAGGAAUUAUCAUAUCUCUAAUCUAUGGCUGGCAGUUGACACUUCUGCUCUUAGCAAUUGUCCCCAUCAUUGCAAUAGCAGGAGUGAUUGAGAUGAAAAUGUUGUCUGGACAAGCACUAAAAGAUAAGAAGGAACUAGAAGGUUCUGGGAAGAUCGCUACUGAAGCAAUCGAGAACUUCCGCACCGUCGUCUCCUUGACUCGGGAGCAGAAGUUUGAAAACAUGUAUGCCCAGAGCUUGCAGGUACCAUACAGAAACGCUUUGAAAAAAGCGCAUGUCUUUGGGAUCACGUUCUCCUUCACCCAGGCCAUGAUGUAUUUUUCCUAUGCUGCCUGUUUCCGGUUUGGUGCCUACUUGGUGGCACGUGAAUUAAUGACAUUUGAAAAUGUUCUGCUAGUUUUCUCAGCUAUUGUCUUCGGGGCCAUGGCAGUUGGGCAGGUCAGCUCAUUCGCUCCUGACUAUGCCAAAGCCAAAGUGUCGGCAUCGCAUAUCAUCAUGAUCAUUGAAAAAGUCCCUUCCAUCGACAGCUACAGCACCGAAGGCCUGAAGCCUAAUACGUUGGAAGGAAAUGUGAAAUUUAAUGGAGUCAAGUUCAACUACCCCACCCGACCCGACAUCCCCGUGCUCCAGGGGCUGAACCUGGAGGUGAAAAAGGGUCAGACGCUGGCCCUGGUGGGCAGCAGUGGCUGUGGGAAGAGCACCGUGGUCCAGCUGCUCGAGCGGUUCUACGACCCCAUGGCCGGGACAGUGUUUCUAGAUGGCAAAGAAGUAAAGCAACUGAAUGUCCAGUGGCUCCGAGCACACCUGGGCAUUGUGUCCCAAGAGCCCAUCCUGUUUGACUGCAGCAUCGCCGAGAACAUCGCCUAUGGAGACAACAGCAGGGUCGUGUCCCAGGAAGAGAUCGUGAGGGCGGCCAAGGAGGCCAACAUCCACCAGUUCAUUGAGUCGCUGCCUGACAAAUACAACACCAGAGUAGGAGACAAAGGGACUCAGCUGUCCGGUGGGCAGAAACAACGCAUCGCCAUAGCGCGCGCCCUCGUCAGGCAGCCUCACAUUUUGCUUCUGGAUGAAGCAACGUCAGCUCUGGAUACAGAGAGUGAAAAGGUUGUCCAGGAAGCCCUGGACAAAGCCAGGGAAGGCCGCACCUGCAUCGUGAUCGCUCACCGCCUGUCCACCAUCCAGAACGCAGACCUGAUCGUGGUGAUUCAGAAUGGCAAGGUCAAGGAGCACGGCACCCACCAGCAGCUUCUGGCACAGAAAGGCAUCUAUUUCUCCAUGGUCAGUGUGCAGGCCGGAGCAAAGCGCUCGUGAACUGUGACCAUGUAAGAUGUUAAAUAUUUUUAAUAUUUGUAUUAACGCAUAGCAUUUAACCAAAGCUUAAAAGAAAGUAUGUAUGUACUAGAAUAACCAGUUAUCUAUUUUCUGUCAUAAUGAGAAGCAUUUAGUCCAGUUUAGAGUUUUCAGAGACCUUGUAAUUAAAGGGACAGAAAUAGAUAUAUCAUCAAAUGGAAAGUAAUCAUUUAAAUUACACUAUAAAAUUAUAAAAGAAUUAAAAGUAAAUGCUUCAUAAUAUAUACUUUUAUUUAUACUUUCUCAUUUGUAACUAUAACUGAUUUCCUUGCUAAACAAAUUAUGUGUGUAUCAAAAAUUAAUGAAAUGUUUGUAUAAAGUAUAUAUAGUGAAACUAAACAUUUAUAUUCUUUGAGUUAUCUUGUCUAAAAUUCAUGUGAAAUUAUAUGUUCUACCACCUGGAAUAUUGUAGAUAAUUUUAGCUUUUAGGCAAUAGUCUAUUACUGGAGGGGGGCAGUUGUCUGUGAGUAAAGUGACUGAUGCACAAACAUGAGUUCAGAUCCCUAGCACCUACAUAAGCAAUGAGUUGUGGUGGCGUCCAUUGGUAAUGUCAGUGCUAGAGGCAGAAACAGGCAGAUCCUGCAGACUCCAGUGGUCAGCCAGCCUAGCCAAAAUGGAGAGCUCCAGGUUCAGUGAGAGACCUUAUCUCAAAAGUAAGAGGGAAAAAACGAAUGAGGACAUCUUGGUAUCAAUUUCUGGUCCCUACACUCCUGUGUGUGCAAGUAUACACACAUGUGCAAACACCACACAUGCAUGUGUAUAUACAGACAAACUACAGUUAGACACACACACACACACACACACACACACACACACACACACACACACAGAGCUAUUAGAAGAGAUAAAAUAAGAAGCAAAGAAGAGGUGCCCAUAAAAGUCAUCAACAGUGCAUCCAUCAGUUUUGUCCAGAGAAGGUUCUCUUUGCAGUGGCCAGUGAUGACUGCAGACUCAUCACUAAAUAAACUACUGAGAGGAAGUGACUGUUCAAUGGGCAUCCAUAAAUGAGAUAUCUAUAUCACUCCCUCAAAAGCUCAGGGAGCCUUAUAGAAAAGAGGGCAGGAAGAAGGUAAGAGCCAGAGAAAAGAGUGGGGAGAGAUAUGGAAUACUGACUUAUAGGAAUAACAUGGCUUCAACAUUCUCAGUCUCAUAGUAGCUAGGAUUACCUGCACAAGAUCUGCAUAAGACUGGACCUGUCAUCAUACUGGCAUCAGAGGGCAAGGGGCUCACCAGGCUCCAUAUCACUCAAAGGAUUUGCGUGCAGUCAGUGGUUUAUUGGAAAGAGAAAGACAUUUUCUUCAGUGGUGUAGUCACUGGUAAUGUGCCCAUGUACCAAUAAACAGACUCUCACCUUUGUUUCUGUAGACAACCCCAUGGAACUUAUUAAGUUUCUCUCUCUCUCUCUCUCUCUCUCUCUCUCUCUCUCUCUCUCUCUCUCUCUCUCUCUCUCUCUCUCUCUCACACACACACACACACACACACACAAUCAAAACCCCAAACAUUAAAGGAGAACAAGCCAAGAAGAUGAAGGGGUUUAACAAGAGUGGGAAUGAGGGCUCCUGGAUGAAUAUGAUUGAAGGAUGUUAUGGCCAUGUAUGAAACCAUCACAGUGAAACUCACUAUUAUGUAUACUUAAUACAAUAAAAUAUUUUAAAAGGAAAAAA